CCGGGAAAGGGAAUAACACUCGAAAUGUAUAUAAGAAAUACUCAUGUUAAUAAAAAAAAAAAUCCUGCAGAUAGACGUGUUUCUUAAAUUAAACUCUUUUCUAAAACCAAAAAAGGCCUGAAAAGUCAAACCUUUUAUGCCUUCCAACUUUUCUAAAACAUACAAGAUUAAACAAUCAUAUUUUUAGGUAAAUUUUUAUGGCAAUACAAUGAUACUUUCUCUAUGUUACUUGAUAAACCCUACUUUUUUUUCUAUUUUUGUGAGUGUGGUGUUUUUAUUAUCCACUGUUAUUUGUAGAAACUUAGUGUUUACUUAGUGUGCAUUCCUUUUGGUAUAGGUGACUGUAGAAACUAGAGGUUGCCAUCCAAAGUCUUCCUCAUUUCUUUCCUACCUUAUUUGUUAUUUAUCUAUUUAAAGUUUUACUUCUUUAAUUAAAAAAAUAAAAUUACAGAAAAUACAUUUUGGUUACAUUUUUUCUUCUCAUUGAAAUCUACACAAAUACUCCAAACCUAUCUACAAAUCCGUGUUUAUGCUUUUUCUAGAACUCUAUCUUUCCCUUUCUUAAGAAUAUAAAGCCUACCCGAAAAUCAACUGAAAAUAAACACAAAAGUAAUAAGACAAAAUAGUACCCAAACAAACAAAAUAAGACAAGGUAUACACAUUGACACACAAAGAAUUGUAGAGUCAACAAUGUGCCUCCCAACACUCCAGGGCACGUUUUUUUUUUUUUUUUUCCUUUCUAGUGAGUGAAAUUGGUUUACCAUGAUACUCCUUUGGAGAAAAUCGGUUUUCACUUUGUCAGCAAGUUUCAAUCACCAACACCUUCUUGCCUGGGGAUGAGACUUUGUAUAUAUGUUUCCUUCUCAGUGCUAGCUUUUUAAUCUAGUUUGAGCUUGCGCAGAACUUGUUCAAGCUGUCAGAGUUCCUAUGACUUCAUAUGUGUAUCUGUAGGAUUGUGUUAUGAAAAUACGGCUUCUUUGAAGUCAUCACCUACCUCUGGCUCUUUCAUUCUUUCUGCCUCCUCUUCCAUACAGAUGACUGACAUUUUAGGUAAGGGGUAUGAUAAAAAAAUCUCUCUUAUGAUAGAGAGCUCAAAAUUCCAUCACUAUCUGAACUCUAUAUUAGUUCCCUUCAACUGGAAGAAAGCUUCUCUUACGAAGGCAGAACAUGGCACUGAUCUACACCUAUAACAACAGUACAUUAGCAGGAGCCAUUUAUUUUAUUGCUAUGUUCCUUUAGAACAAUAAAAUUAUUGCUUUUCUCUAAAUGUAUGUGAAAAUACACACACACUUACACACACACAAACACACACACAUAUAUAAAUAUAGAUAUACAUACAUAUAUACAUAUACAUAUAUAUAUACACAUAUAUAUAUACAUAUAUACAUAUACAUAUAUAUAUAUAUAUUCUCAGGUUUGUGGCUACUUUAUCAGUGUCAGAUAUGAAUUCUGUCUCACAGAGUGGGGCUCAAAUACAAUGUAAAAGAAAAGAGGUUGUUUAUUCACACAUUUAUACCACUAUUAAAUGAGUACAUUUUUUUAACCAACUGACGGUUAUAGAUUAUAGGGCUUUUAUCUAAAUAUUUUUCCCUUCCAGCACCAUAAACACUGGUCAAUAGGAAUGAAACAUCUAUCUGGGCUCUGGCUCUACUUCUCCAUGUUUGACAUUGUAUGUUAUCCUCAGCACUAUACAUUUAUUAUCCUGUUAUAGAGAGUAAAUAAUACCCAGAAGAAUGGCCUGUGAUGGGAGGGGUGAUCUAUGGUAUCGUCUUUCAUCAAUGAUUUAACAAUAUGCAAGGCAUUCCUGGCCGAAUGUUUUACAUGGUGACAUAUGAUAUCUAUUUAGAACUUCAUCUUUGAUGACUCCAUCUAUAUUCCUUUCAUAUAAUGUGUGUGUGUGUGUGUGUGUGUGUGUGUGUGUGUGUGUGUCUAGCUUAGGAAGGUUCUACAAUGGUAGUGUCCCAAAUGUAUAUUCAAGGGGUGUUUAUAGUUACUUGUCUGUCACAGUAGUCCCUAUAAUAGCCUACCACCUCAUCCCUGUCCCCUCUAAUCUUCUUAUUAAGGUUCCCCUUUAUCUCCUUUAAAUAUCUUCUUCUUGAGAUAAGUUUUCAUAACAGAAGCUAUAUCUUGAAAAUUGGUUAAACUGACUAUUCCUAGCACACAAGAGCUAUUUCUGCUUAACUUCCUUAUUUUCUCACUGGUAGAAUUAGAAAUUUUUUAGUUGUCCUCCUUUUUACAUUGCAUACAGCUUGACUACUUUCUUUUGUCAACUUGAAACAAACUAGGGUGAUCUGGGUAGAGGAAUCUUCAACUGAAAAAAAAAUGUGCCCAGUGCCAGCUUUGGCAGGGUCUUCUUUCUUGUCAGUUUUUCAUAAGGCAGAGAAAGGAAAGAGCAUCGGGAGAGGAUACGACUUUUCCUUACAAGAUACAGGGAUAAGACUUUGUCUUAUGACAUAUUUAGGGUUGCUGUGUAAUAAUAAAAAAAUUUACUUAUCUGAGACUAAAUUACCUUGCUACUGUAGCUGAACUGCCUAGAAACUGCAAGUUUCUGGCACUUAACACCUCUUCCUAAAACAGCAAAGAUUAAGUAAGUAGACUUUCUGCUAUCUCAGAAGGAACUGCACAGAUUGAACUUUCCACCAGCUAGUCAGAAGUUACAGGAAAAGGGCGGUACUUUGAGAAGUGAUUAUAAUAUUUUUUACUAAGUUGUAAAACAUUUCUUAUGAAAGCUAUCUAAAGGGGAAAAGCAGAAAGAUCCUGAAUGGGAAAAGGGAAAAAUUCUCUUUCUCAUCUUUUUGUCCUCAGUACUUAUACAACUUUCAGAAUACAUGAUCACAUGUUAAAAAGUUCAUCACACAUUCACACAUAAAAGCAAAUCAUAAAUGACAUAGAAGUUUACAACUGAGAGUGAUUACAUGCAUAGCCAUUAGGAGUAAUUAUCUAGUUAAACAUCCACCACCUGUCACAUCUUCACAGGUUCAUAGAGAGUUGAAAACCAUAACUAAGCUAUUAGUGAAGUUUUGUAUAGAUUAACGCAGACAACAUUUUAUCUUCUUUUACCUAUAAUAAAUUGUUAGUUCCCUUCCUGUGACCUUAGUUAAUUGUUUUUACAAUCUCUUGGAAUGUGUUCUGAGUAAUAGAAAGUGUGGUUACUAUGUAAGAGUCAAUUACUUGGUGACACAUGGGAGACUGACAGAAUUCUCAUUGCAGUUUUGACUAUCGGAAAGGGAUCUACUAGCAGUACUCCUAUUAAGAGAGCUUAAUAAUCACUGAUAUUUCAGUAAUUCUUCUAGGAUCAUCCUUAAGAAUUAAGAAGUCAUCUAUUUGUCUAUAUAGCAUCACUGCAAGAGAGUGCAUCUUCAUAGAUCUGCAACUAUCUGCUCAAAAGGGGUGGUCUAGUACCUAAUGAUUGCUAUAUAUGUUUAAUAAUAACAUAUAUUAAUAUCAGGAAUCUUUCCUAAAAUGAAUUCUCUUGGGCUUUCCCUAUAAAGCAAAACUGUUGCAGAUUAUAAUCUGAAGCAUACCUCCUACUAUGGCUUCUGACAAAAAUGUUCCCAAAAGACUGGUUCCGGGGCCUUUUCCUUGUAAAGAAUGAGUAUUGGAGUUAGGAAUAUUGUGGGGCCUCACCUUGGCAGUUUGUUUUGGGUUGUAGAAGAUAGCAGGCUGAGAAUGCCAUGGAUAACAAAUAAUUCAGCAGUGUUACUUCCUGGCAGCUUUAGUUCCUCUCUUCAAGUUUCUGCCUUCACUUUCCCUUAUGAUGAUCUAAUCUUAAGACAAAGUGUUUCUGUAUUAAGUUGUAAUUGGUUAUGAUGUUUUAUCCUAGUAAUAGAAAGCAAGCUGCAGCACAUGGUUUCUGGUGCUCAAACUCAGGUCUUGAUGUAGUGUGGCAAGCCCUUUGUUGACUAAACCAUCUUUUCAGCAUCAAUACUUAAUAUUCCUAAAAGAUAGUAUUUUCAGUGUAAACAAAGUGCAAUUUUCCAUAAGGAAAGAUCAUAGGUCUGAAAUUUUAAUUAAAGGAACCUGGAUAUAACAAAACAACACGCACUUUAGCAAAAUCUCUCCUGGUCAACUGCCAUUACACUGACUGUGCAUCUGUAAAUUUGCAAGACAAAACAGUUGUCAAGGACGUGUGGUACAGUGAUUAGCAUGCCAAACAAAUUAGAAAGGGAAGGAGCAAAAUGCUUGACUGGUUUGUUAGCUAAAAUUAAUUUGCAUGGGGAUUUUGUACAUGACACACAGUGUCUUUACCUGGGAAAAUUGAACAAAUAGACAGAGCUGUGAUAUAAAUAUGUGUGUGUGUGUGUGUGUGUGUGUGUGUGUGUGUGUGUGUGUCUCAAAUAUCUUGAGUCACAGCUCCCCUCCACAUGUCUUGAACAUUAGAUGAAUUGUUCAUUACUAUUUUUCUGACAAGAAAGAAAGAAAACACAGUGUGGCAGCACACAGCUGUACUUCCAGAAUUCGAGAAGUAGGGGCGCAAAGAACAGAUAUUCAAGGUCAUUUUCAAUUACACAGUAAAAUUAAAACCAACAUAAUGUUCAUGAAAUGCUGCCUCAACAAUUUAAAGCUAGAAAAUGUUGUGCUUUAGGAAGUGGAUGGGAGCUGGAGAUAAACUUCAGAACAAUGCAUCCCUAGCAUGUACAAGGCACUGAUAUACAUUCUUCUAUAACUUAACCAGAUAUAAUGACUUGAGCUGUUCAUCCCAGGACUCAGGAUAAGAUUAUAUCAUUCAUAAGGAGUUUGAGGCUUGCCUUACCCUAGAUCUUCUAAGAAAGGGAAAGUGUGUGUGUGUGUGUGUGUGUGUGUGUGAGAGAGAGAGAGAGAGAGAGAGAGAGAGAGAGAGAGAGAGAGAGAGAGAGGAAGAAGAGGAGGAGGGGAGGAGGGAGGCAAGAAGAGGAAGAAUGAAGAAGGAGGAGGAGGAGGAGAAGAAAAAGAAGAUGAGGGGGAGGAGGAGGAGGAAGAGGAGGAGGAGGAAAAGUCAUGUGGAGUUUCAUAGAAUAUGUAUUCUAUUAGGUUUUAGAAAAGCAACUGUUUGCAGUAGAGGCAUUCUUUUCAGUUAUAUUUUGAAUACUAAUUGAUAACAGAUUUGCUUUGAAAGAACAGCAUCAAGAAGAGAGUCCAAAUAACAAUUGCUAUCAUGUAUAGUUAUUAGUUUGACAUAGUUCCCACUAAGACUAUUGCAUGAUCAAUUUAAUUUUAUCCUCACAGUGAACAGAGGAGGAAUGUUACAUCUCUAAGAAUAUGUAGGUUUUCACAGUGUUAUAUCUUUCAGACAUCCACAGAUGAAAUACAGGUCUGUCAGUAACCAUGUUGAUCACCAUGUUACCUUGCAGCAUUAGCUAGAGUAUGCUUUGCUCAGUUUGAGUCUUCCCCUUUUAGAUAUCAUUUCCAGUUCUUUCUAUACUGAAAUGGCCAGUGAAUGCAGCAAUAUUUCAAAUCACUGCUGCAGUUAGAUCAGGUAUCUGGAGUUAGUCAGAUGGAUCAAGAGAAAGAAACAACAUUGAUUGCUGACACUGCAGUGCAUCAGGAGUAAAGCAAAAUCCUCAGUCUGGCAGAGAAGAUCAGUCAUUUCAACUACUUGUACCCAGAGUGUUGAACUAGCAAAAUUUCUGACUUUUUAGUUUAUUUUUUCACAGGACACCUUUGUAAACAUGUCAGUUAGAGAAAUGCUUGUUGGCUGCUUAAGCCUUAGCUUUGUAGAUACAGUAUGUCUAAACUUUUAUUUCUGCUUUAACUUAAUAUUUCCAGAAGCCCAAAUCAUGUCAUGAUACAAAAAAAGGAGUGAAUUAACAAUUUGAAGUAACAUUUUAAAUCAGUUGGAAACAUUCUAAAUUAUGAUUAUCAAAACACAUUGAUUUCCGUUUAGGAGGAGACAUUUGAAAUUAUGAAAAGUAAGUAGCAAUGCCACAUUCUAAAACCUCUUAGAUGACAUGGGGCAGGUUUUAUUAUCAGACCAUAGAAAUUCCAAAUCCUGACUGUAAAUAUAAUUUACCAAAUUUACAGAGAAUGAAAACAACAGUCUUCAGAAUUACUCAGAAGUGAUGAUAAGAGAUAACCCAGUGUGGGAAAGAAUUUGCUGCAGAAAGAAGAGAAUUCAAAUUUCUGUGCCCGAACUUUAAAACAGUCAUGGUUGUAUACAGCUAUAACCCCAGUGCUAUGAUGACAGAGAAAGAAUUUCUGGAGCUUGUGCACAGCAAGAUAGCAUCAGUAUAAGUGAAAGGCUUUGAAUUGAGAAAAUUGUGUAGAAAAUCAUAAAAGAGGAUACUAUUUACUUUCUCUGUCUUCUGUUGAACACAUAGGCAUGAACACACAGACAGACAGACAGACAGACAGACAGACAGACACACACACACACACACACACACACACACACCAUAUCACACACUAAUUCUUGGUGGUCACGUACUGAGGAAUAUUAAAUUAAAAAUUUAUAACCUUGAACUCAUGAAAAUGUCCUCUUGACCUUUAUAAUUGCCAUUGAUCAUGAAUACUAUUUUGUAAACCAUGGAUCCACAUAUGUGAAAUAAAUCAGUUGUCAGAAUAAAGUAAGGGCAUGACAUAUUAAUAUUAGAAAAUUCAAAAAAAUUAGUUUAUUAUUUUUUGGUGUGUGUGUGUGUGUGCAUGUGUGUGCAUGUGUGUGCUGCAUGUCUGUGUGUUCACAUAGGUCUUCUGAUUCCACAGCAUGUGUAUAGGCCAGAUGGCCAAUUUCUGUAAUGGGUCAUUAUCUAUGGAUUCCUAUGAUUAAAGUGAGGGUGUUAAGCUUGUUCUGCAAGUCCUUUUUCCCUUUUGCUGGCCCAACAUAAUUGUCAAAAUUUAAAUGAAUUUCUUAUAAGCAAUUGAUGAAGGUUAUUUACUCAUCAUGAAGUUAGUUCAUAUUGAAGCUCAGCAAGCCUCUGGAGUGACAGUUCCAUUUUAUGUCAGCAUAGGAGACUUGGAUAUCAUUUGAUAAGGGCUUAUGACUAGUUUUAUUAAUAUUCGUAAAAUGACAAAAUUGUUUGAUCCUUGAAGAAGAUACCAUUAAAUUGGAAGACAAAUAACAAGAGCCAAAUAAGUCAAGUAGCUACUGAGAUGCAGUCACUGACUGAGCUGAGUGUGAGCAAACAUCAAAGAAGCAGGGAGCUGUACUGAGCCUAAGUAACAAUACAAGCAAAAGCACUAAAAUUGCUUGAGUGAGUCAUAUAGGUAUGGGCAAAGCACUUCAACUUGGGACUUCACUUGACUUAGGCUGCAUAAAAUCUACCUUCUAGAAAUAUACCUAACAAUGAAGUUGCUCACCUCAUCUCACCUGCAUGAAGCUGUAUACAUAUCAAACAAUGGACUAAGACUCCUUGCACAUAACAUUAUUUAUUAACUUCUCUUUCAUGAUCAACUUCCAUUCAAAAGUAUUCAAGAGCAUAUCCACAUACUGGAGGGAGAAGUCUGUUUCAACUGGCCUGAGCCAGUUUAGAAUAUAUACUCAGUAAGUCGUAUUAAAUCCUCUGGAAAAACUUUCAAAGGAAACAUCCUGUUUAAUGUCAUAUACCUAGUGAUAAUUGAAUAUGCAUUUGGUUAAAUCAAAUGCAUCAUGGAAACUGAUGUUCACAGUAAAUUAAGGCUUACUUAAUCAAAAAACGUCAAUCAAAACAGAAAUAUCCACACUGAACUCUGAGUAAGCAAUUCCUCCUUCUCAGGAAGUCCACAAAUUAAGGCUACACUGAAUACCAGUGUUUCUCACUUUGCUUUUGAAUAAAAUUUCUUUGUCACCUUGCUCUCUGUGACUUCUUAUAAUAAGAUGCAAACAUCCUGGAAACACCUCACCUAGACAGUAAACUCAGAUAAAACUGAUAAGCAUCUUCUUCAAAUAAUGACAUGAAUCACUGAAGCUCUGAAAGAAUUCUCCUGUUACUUUCUUGUAAGAACUUCUAAGAAUGACACAAGCCAUGUCUAAUCUCAUGCCUAUUCAAUGAAAUCACAAGUUGUAAAAAAAUUCAUCCUAGUGUUAUGUUUUUUACCAAUUUCAACUUUAAGAUACUAAGUACAAUCACAUUAGUAUUCCUUUUUUCUCAGAAGUUUUGAUAAUGUCACCUAAAAUUAAGCAAGAGGAGGAUCCUUAAUGAAUUUCUCUAAAAUACAUUUGCAUGAUAGAUAAAAUAUUAGCUCUAGAAUGAGAAUAUUAGAAAAAUGCUUGUUUCUGUGUUACUGCAUUGAAAAUGUAAUUUAUAACCCUUUGUCAUUUUCAAAAUGCAAAUAUUCAUAGUAUACAUAUUAGUUACAUGGACUAUUAAUAAUAAUAAAACUUUAUAAUAAUAAUUGAAGAACAGAGCCAGUACUUUGAGACAAUAAUGCUUCUGCCACCUUUAGUGUAUAUAGUUUUUGCUAUAGGUACACAAUGAUUUCUACAUAUGAAAGUCUAAAUGCUCUACAGCUCAUGCUUUCUGGUUUCAAGAAGUGAAAACAUCAGUAAUAGCUUUUAACUUCAAAAUCAAAAUGAAAAGAAAAUGCAUGAGCAGAAAUCACAGAAGGAAAAUAAAGAAAGGGAAAAAAGAAAGCAUGGAAGGAAGGAAGGAAGGAAGGAAGGAGGAGAGGAAGGAAGGAAGGAAGGGAACAAAGAAGAAACAGGAAGAGAUUUGGUAAGUUGUUCAUUUGACAGGCUACAUGCCAGUAUGGAAGACACCCUUGGAUGAGUUCCAAAACUGUAAAAGAUCAGGCAUGGUUGUUUGUAUCUAUAAUUUAUUGGUGAAUAUCAGACAUUAAAAGUCAUCACUGGAUAUAUAGUGAGCUUCAGGCAAGUCUGGGAUUUAUGAGACCCUGUGGAAGAGAGAGAGAGAGAGAGAGAGAGAGAGAGAGAGAGAGAGAGAGAGAGAGAGAGAAGGAGCAAGGGACCUAGGGGUAGAGGAAGAAAGGAAGGACUGACUUUGAGCGAUAGCGAUGCAAGAUGGCAGCCACCACAGGCUCGGGAGUAAAAGUCCUUCGAAAUUUCCAACUGUUGGAAGAGCUGGAAGAAGGCAAGAAAGGAGUAGGUGACAGCACAGUUAGCUAGGGUCUGGAGGAGGAUGAAGACAUGACACUCACAAGAUGGAUAGGCAUGUUAAUUGGGCCUCCACAAACAAUUUAUGAAAACCAAAUAUACCGCCUUAAGAUAGAGCGUGGGCCUAAGUAUCGAGAAGCAUCCCAGUCUGUGAGAUUUGUAACAAGAGUCAAUAUGAACGGCUUGAGCAGUUCCAAUGGAGUGGUGGAUCCACGAGCCAUGGCAGUGCUGGAAAAGUGGCAAAAUUCCCACAGCAUCAAAGUCAUCCUGCAGGAACUGAGGCGCUUGAUGAUUUCAAAAGAGAACAUGAAGCUGCCACAGCCACCAGAAGAACUGUGUUACAGCAAUUAGUCACCAAGGCCCCGGCCUCCCUUCCCCAUCCAACCCAAGUCUUCAUUUUCCACAGUAGUGAAUUCUCUAGAUCCAUCUGUCGACCUCAAAGUACUGGAGAGGAAGCCCCACUCAGACUUCAUCCGGAGACACUGCUCUAAUACUAACUUCUUGUCCAUUUGAAAUACCUAAGUUGUGCUGUGUAACAUCAUCUGUCAAGUAUAACCGCUCUCUGCCUGGUUGAACUUCUGGGAUCAAUAAGGUGUGUUGAAAUCGGUUUCCUUUGGGAGCGGUGGGCACAGCUAGUGCAACUGUGGACAGCCAGAUCUCACACAAUCACCUGCUGCUGGCAAUUGGCCUGGGUAUGCCUUUGACCGCCCUGCUUUCCACCACAGCUGUGUGGUGGCCCUUAGAAUAGAUGGGGAGGCUUCAGAUAGCAGCUGUGGGACUGACCACCACUAGGCUUGGGGUGCUUUGGCUGCACCCCUGCUUUCUUAAGUCUUAAGUGAUUGCCCCAUCCAAGCCAUGGUCCCCACUUCUUCACUCCCACCCUUGGCUAAAGCUUAGAUUGUAACCUCCCCUCCCUCUGAAAUUGGCCGCGAGUGAGGAAUUCACAGCUUCCCAUCUCCCCACCUUUAUCAAGGGGUGCUGCUUUCCCCUCCUCAAGUCCCUUGUUGCCCAUCACCACCCAACACCUGCUGUGGACAGAAGCCACCAGAUGAGGUUGAGAAAGGCUGGCCUCCCUCACUUAGCUCUGGACCACACAUGUUCACCUGCUACCAGCCUGGGAAGGGAGCACCGGGUCCUCGGCCCUGCCACCACCAUCAGCUCUUGAGCUUUGAGCUCAGGUCUAGAGAUGAACAGAGCAGUCACAUGGCGACUCAGACAUGGGCCAGCACUCAGGGUCCUUGGAUAUAUGCCUAGAGAAAGGCCAUGUGGAGAGUCCUUGGUGCACAUGGUUCUGAGUUGGUUCCUUUUCCCAUAAUUGCUUUGCUUUUACACACUGAAGAGGUUUGAACAGGGCUUCAGCCACCCUGACCACCCAUCUGGUCUGGUGUGGAGCCUGACAGCUGGAACACGAAGCCCUGACCCUGCAAACAUGGGUUUCAGUGUUGCUCCUCAGACCCUCAGCAGGGACCCAGAGGAGCUCUGUGUCACCAUGUUCACAGAUCGUUUGCAGAUUGGUGGGCCUGGCUCCUGGCUCACUGUCAUGCUCCCCAACCUGUUCAGGACCACUAAAUGUUGAAAUGUGGAUGCAUACUGAAAUAAAGGCAAUUUGCUGUGUUGCGAAGGGGAAGAAAAAGGACUGAGCAAAUGAAGGAAACAAUGGUGAUUCUUUCUUAAUCCAUUCAAGCCUCAUUAAGUUUCAAAUUUUUCAAACUAGACAUAUGUACAGCAAAAUUCAAAAAGAUAAUGAUGAGAAAAACCACAUGGCAGUCACCUGGGCAGGGAAUUUGCUCACAGUGGUAGAAUAUAAAUGAGCUGAGUUGAUUGUAUAAGAAUAAGGCAAAUCCUCAACUGAUUGAUUUGAAGUAUCUUUUCCCACAUAUGAGCUUACUUUAAUGUGAUGAAUGGUGGACAUAUCAAGCUUUAAUGAAGUAUAAUUUUUUAAGCCUUCUCUAUUCCUAUUUUUAGUCAUGGUGACUUCAUGCAGGAUUUUCUGAUAGUAUAUGUCAGUAUGAUAUCAUCUUACUAAAAUCAAUAGGAAAUACAGUUCAAAAUUAUGAAUCCCAAUUUAUUAAAGAUGAAUAUUUACCCAAAAUUGUUUGUAUCAAAUGCGAUAAACUUGUUUUCAUGAAGAAGAAAGGCACACAGAACUAAACCCUUAACAAAAAUUAAAAGCAGGACCUAUAGAAAAGGCUCCUGGGUUUUACUUGGUCUCUAGUAGAGAACCUAAGUUCAGUGUCCAGUAUCUAUACUUGGUGGGUCAUUACUACUUGUCAAUCGAGCUCAGGAAAUUGGGUACCCUCUCCUACAUUUUGCAAGCAACUGUACUCAUUUGUGCACACAUGUUCAGAUGCUUCAUGCUUUUAAAUAUGAAAAACUAAAAAAAAGUCAAAAAGAAAAUGAAGGACAAAGAACAAUGAUUUGAAUGCAAGUCGUGUUAAUACUGUACAUAUCUAUAAAAAAGUCACUUAACAUAACCUUGAAACAGCAUAAUUCAGAUAGUUAAAAUGCAAUCCCAUACCACUACCCAGUAUUUAAUAUCAAAUUAUUAUCUAUAGUGAUUCAAAUCAAUAAUUUCUACAGGUGCAUUUAAUAGUCUUUGUUCAUUAAACUAAUCAAAAUUUAUGUUGUAGUUUUUUGAAGAGAAAGAAUUUUAUGGAUCAUGUGAUAUCAACUGAAUAAAUAUGAAAAUUAUGUAUGCAAACUUUACAAAAGUUAGUAUCAACACAAAAAUAUAAAUUUACAAUUUAAUAAACAAGGAACUAAUUGAUUAACCAAAUGUUAGCAACUAGAAUUCAUCUAUAUAUGCAAUAGAAAAUAAUAUUUAAGAUAUAAAAUUAAGACUUAUUUUAAUAAAAUAAUGCAUAAGUUAUUUUACUUAAAAAGGAAAUCUUAUGAUCGUAUUAAUACAGCUAGAAAACAUUAAGAAAAAAAUUAAUACUCUUAAAAAUGGGAUACACAUGCACACAAAUUUAGAAAAGUUUGAUACAUAUACAUUAUAUUAUAAUGUAAUUUCAAAAGUUAGAACUAUCAUUGAGUUUGUUAUGAAUGAAAGGAAGAUGUUUCAGACAAUAAACAGAAACAAAAUUUUCUGGAAUUUUACAUAAAUAAAAGGCAUUUAGAAACUAAAAUUUUUAAUAACGUCUCCAUAAUAAUCAGAUGAGUAUGUUCCUUCCUUCUUGCAAUGGACAUUGUAUUGAUCUCUACUGUAUAAAAAAAAUUGUGAUAGCUAUUAGGUACAGAGAAUGAAAAGCUGUCCUCUGGGCAGCUCAUGGUUAUCACACUCAUGAACCCACAACACCUGUGUUAACACAAUACUUUCACAUGAUCAAGCCAGCUAGAGUCAGGGCUUAGAUGGGGGGACCAACCCUUGCCAAUGCCAUAUAGAGGGGCUUUUGGCAUUUGAUGGCUACUGGUGAAUGAAGAAUCAUUCAUUUGGGCAGGGGGGUGGGGUUUGCCUUGGUAAUUUGCUCGUGCUUCAAUAGAUUCCCUUCAUGAGUGAUACCAGAAUCUGAUUUUUUGAAGAGAUCUAAAAAGUAUAAAGAUGAAGACAUGGUGUCAGGAGAUGUAUUACAGAAAAUCUGGUGAGAUUUGGUAAAGAGAAUGUAGAGUGCAUACAAGUAUAUUUCUUUAUAUAAAAAAUAAAGAAAAAUACAAAAGAACAAAUGUUUACUUAAUUAACAGAAGAUAGAAUAUCUCUAUAAACAAAUUCUAAAUAGCUUAUAAACAUAUAUGUAGAAAUAAUAGAUGAGUUUAAAAGAUGUACAAGUUUUCUUCACUGUUUAAGAGAUCACCUUAAGAGAUCAUGGGAGAGAAUGUAAUGCAUUUUAAUAUACUUUCGAAUGUAAAAGAUUAAAACUUUAGGUUAGUAAUAAAUACAAGGUUUUCCACCGAAUGAGAUUAUGUAUAAUCAGUUUGAGCUAAUUCCUCCCUGUUAAAUUAUAAGCAUUUCUAAAUUCCUCAGGAAAACAACCUUAGAAUAACUACUUUUAGUCCCCCAAAGUCCAGGGAAUUAGGGCAAAAACACUUCAAUGGUUUCUUCAAGCUGUACAUAAUUAUGUUUAUAUUUAUUACUAAACUAAAAUUAUGAUCUUUUACAUUGGCACAGAAUUUAUAUGAUACAAAUUUAGAUUUUUAAGAUUUUCUUUAAUAUAAAUUUCUUAUUGAUUUAAAAUUAAUAUUGUUACUCUGAUGUACAGGUAUUGUGCCUCUACAACACAUUUCAGCAUAGAUGGCUUAUACCUAGUCCUUCUCUGCUAUUAAAAACUGAAGCUGAGAUGAUUAAGCACGUGAGUCUAAGGCCAAAUAGCAAAUUCAUUGCUCUAAGUUUACUGUUAGAGUGCUUUCAAGAUAAUUUAUUAGGAUAAUUAAUGGACAACAGUCCAGAUUACUUAUAUAGUUAGAUGGUUUCUAAAAAACACCACAAGUCCACAAAAUAUGACAUUUAAUGUUCUUUAACUUUUAUUGAGUCAUGUCUGUUCCCAUCAGCUCUCCUUUGGUAUAUUCAAAGAAGAAACUGAAAAUCUCCACCUCCAGGUGAGGUGAUUUAAUGUGAUAGACAGGCACUAUGCAAAAAUUGCUUCAAUUCUUCUACAGACUAAUUACUGUCCAGAAAAGGAAACAUUGCAGAAUAAAUUGGCUGAAAAUUUCUGCCAGGGCAGAAUGAUUAGCCCUUCAAAAUUCAGUGUUUCAAAAGUCUGUCUGAUGGUCCUAGACCAGAAGCCUGAAGACUUGCUCUCACAUGUUGCUCACAGGGGACUGUGCAAAUAGAAAAUUGUCUCUAUAACCUGUCUCAGUUCUAGAAGCCAUGCUGGGCUUCCUAUAUUUACAGAUAUAUGGGUCAUUCUCAGAUUACUGGUUGGGUUGAAAACUUAGUAUAAUCUUAUAACCCACUCAGACUAUGUAACUUUGAGAAUACAUAUUUAAUUAUCUAGUUAUCAGAUAAUAUAUAAGCUAGCCAGGAUAUAACAGAUUUUAAGCCUUUUAAAAGCUAAAAUAGAUAACUACAUGUUCUGUUUAACUGAUAAAUGUUGGACUGGGUGUUAGGUACAUCUUAUACUUUUAAAUUACAAAAUGAUAAUAGUUGUGCUCAACUUAUAUUUGAGAAACAAGUUUUGGUUUUGUUUUUAAUUAAAAGGGUAAAGUGUAGAUUGAUGGCAUUAUUAAGGUGAAGGCAGGUACAGGAUAGAACUAGGCCUGUCAUUGGAUAAGAAGGAAGGAUGGGUGGGUGGGUGAAAAGUUUUAGAGAGGCAGAGGAAGCCAGAGUGAGAAUGUGAGAGCACAGAGAACAUGGCAGUAGAUGUUUAGAUGCCUCUCUGUACAUAUUACAGGUUGUUAUAUUUCAGGUGUGUUAUUCUCAAGGGGUGGGUGUGUACAGGAUUUUGUGCCAUCUAGAUUGGCAAAUUAUAUCUUAUCAAUUGGAUGAGAAAAUAUUGUUUGAUGUGUUCUUUCAUGUGGCAACUUAAUUGAGUUUAAAAGAGUGUAUGGUGGCCAGAUGCAUGGGCCUACCACAGAAUUGGGAUGUGUAUGCCUGGUUUGGUAGAAACCCAACCAAGAGGGCUGUGGAUGAGGGAGGAGCAGCCUGACAGGGUGCCAUGUUGGAAAGAAUAGUGUGUCAGAAAGUAGAUGGGGGCAGCAUGGAGCCACUGAGAUAAAUUAUUGCUAUUUCCAAUGGCACCAGAACUAUCAAGAAAGUGAGACAGCUAGGGUAUACAUGGGAACAAGUUCUUUUGGGAUUUUUGUUUUGUUUUGUUGUUUUUAUUUUUACUGAAGCACAUAUAUUGUGUAUCGAGUGUCCUGAAGGGAAAACAUGCUUAAGUCCUUGAGUAUGAAGUGAUUUAUUGCAUCAUGGCCACAUAUAACCAUGAGGGGAUACUAAAGACAAAGAUAGGAGAGUGAGGAUUUUUAAUUUCUAAGAAAUUAUAGGAGUUUGGUGUUUCUCAAUCAUAUGAUUUUUUGGGUAGGAUAUCCAUCAUGUGAUCUAGACUAAUAGAUGAAUCACAGAAAGAAAAAAGGUGGAGGAAGAGUUACCAUUAAAGGUUUUUGGCGUCUGGGAAUCAGAUGCAAGGGACAGAGAGACUACAAGGCCACAGAAUAUGUUGCUUAUCAAUUAUAUUGAGGUUACAAAGGGGAUGGCAGGUUUGAGGAAAGCAGCCAGUUAGACAGGACUGUGCUCUAACACUUUCCUGCUUAUGAAAGAAAAUUCAAAAGUCACAUCCAGCUGGAAAGACUUAUGAAUACUAUGAAGUACCUAUAAAUGUGGGGAGCCAGGACUGCCCAAGGCUGUCUGAAAGACCUGGACAAAAGAAUAACUGGAACACUAGUUCUAUGCCCUUACCCAGGAUCACACUUGUCAAGGCCUGUCUGAUGCUGAAGCCAAUGUCUUAAAGGAGUCAAGGUUGAGGGAAGAGACUCUUCCCGAAGGUUGUGGUUAUCAGUUCCCAGGAAGCUCUAACUGUGGUAUCCCAUGUUCUUUUCGUCAGCAUUGUCUGACGUAAUCAUUGGCUAACUUAGUUGUUCCCCAUGUACAACCACCAGUACCCCCAGGACUGCAAAUUAAAAAUAUGAUUCUACAAUUUCUAAUAAAGUGCAAAUAAAUUUCAGGCAAUCUUCACAAAAAUGUUUACUAACAGCAAUCACAUUUUCAAUCAGACAAACAAAAAUAACACCAUGUGCUCCAGCUGUAUAUCCUCUGGACAUAACCCCAAGACACCAAAGUACUACAGAGGUACUUGUACAGUUGUCCCCAUUGUUGCUUAGUUCCCAGCAGGGAGGAAAUGCAAUUCAUAUGAAUCCUAAUGGGGUGACUUCUCUGCUUUUCCUAUCAGUUAUUUUACUAUACUGCCACUAUGCCAUCCUCAUCGUGCAAUCCUAGAUAGCACAGUGAUCUAUGACUCCAAGAUAUAAUGUUUGACUAUGUAAUUGCAAAUAUUGGAAGAGAAAUGAAGUCUUAAACACUGCUAUAUAUUUCUUUAAAUGUCCCUGUUUGUUUUAUUCCAGAGACUGUGCUGCAAAAGGUACAUACACACUUCUCCCUCAUUUCCUCUGCUGAAGGCUAUGUGGCUCAGUUUUAAUUCUCCUGUGAUAAAGUAUCACAUUCUCUAUACUAUUUCAAGAGAUGUAUCUCUCUUACUACUUGUCCAUUUAUAGAGUCCAAACUGUCCUUAUAUCAAACUAUGUUGUAUAUAACAGGCAAACCCAGAAAUGUUAACUGUGCUUCACAAGGUAAGUACGCAAAAUACAGUUUUAUAGAUUUCUUGUAAUGCAUCUACCCCUAUUUUUAUUUUCUGGUCUAUUCAGGUGUGUUUUAUAAUAUCCACCUGCUUGUUACCUAUGGAAAAUUACAAACAAAAGCAAAAACAAAAAACAAUUAAGGUCUAUUAUCAAAUCUUUUUUUUUUAUUUUUAUUUUAUUUUUUUUAUUAACUUGAGUAUUUCUUAUAUACAUUUCGAGUGUUAUUCCCUUUCCCGGUUUCCGGGCAAACAUCCCCCUCCCCCCUCCCCUUCCUCUAUUAUCAAAUCUUAAGCAAACAUUCACCACUCUACGACUGGGAAAUUGCUCAGUGGGUAGAAGCAUAAGGACCUGGGUGUGAAUCUUCAGCAUGUAUACAUAAUGCCAGGCAUAGGGGAUGGCUACACAUAACUAUUACCUCUGAAUCCUGAGGGCUCACUGACCAGUUCUCCAAUCCCACACUGAAUUUCUAGUUCACCAAGAGACUUUAUGUCAAGAACAGUGAACAGCACUAAAGAAGACCCUUGAAAUCUCAGGACUCCAAAAACACAUGCACAGAUGGGUAAAGCCACGCAGUUACAGACACUCACCACACACUCACAUCCACCUACAUUCAUACAACACACAACCCUACAGAUGCAUAGAAAACAGUUAAGGGACUGCAGGCUAAUUCUUAAUUUGCUGUCGUCACCCAGCAUGUAUCUUAGAUACUGAUAAUAACCAAGAAAAGAUUAAGCUGGAAGAGAGUUUAUCCAUCGUUUUAACUUUUCCUUUAUUUUAAUUUAAUUAAAAUGCUUUCGUAAUUUUACACAAAAUACUAUAUCCAGAUUUAUGGAAUUCUAGAAUCACCCAGGACAACAACUUUUGAGCAUGUCUGAGAGAGACAUCAGACUGGUUGGGUUCUAGUGCAAAGGCCCUCCAGCCAGAAGCUGGAACCCAGAUGCCCUUCAACAGAGGAAUGGAUACAGAAAAUGUGGCAUAUUUGCACAAUGAAGUACUACUCCGCUUUUAAAAACAAUGACUUCAUGAAAUUCCUAGGCAAAUGAAUGGAACUAGGAAAUAUCAUCCUGAGUGAACUAACCCAGUUCGUAGAUACUAGUCCAAAGCUUGGAAUACCAAAGAUACAAUUCAUAGACCAUAUGAUGCUCAAGAAGGAGGAAGAACAAAAUGUGUACACUUCAGUCCUUCCUAGAAGGGGGAACAAAAUAAUCAAGAGGGAGGGGAAUAUAGGGACACAGUGGAGCAGAGACUUAAGGAAAGGCCAUCUAGAUGCUGCCCCAUCUGGGGAUCUAUCACAUAUGCAGCCACCAAACCUAGUUAGUAUUGCUGAUGCCAAGAAGUCCUUACUGAUGGGAACUUGAUGUGGAUGUCUCCUGAGAGACUCUGCCAGAACCUCACUGAUAUAGACAAUCAUGCUUGAAGCUGACCAUCAGACUGAGCAUGGGGACUCCAACGAAGGAGUGAAGGAAGAGCUGAACGGGUUUGCAAACCCAAAGGCAGAACAACAAUAUCAACCAACUAGACUUACCAGUGCUCCUAGGGAUUAAACUACUAACCAAAUAGUACCCAUGUAAGAGCCUAUUGUUUCAGUUGCAUAUGUAGCAGAGGACGGCAUUGUCUGGCAUCAAUAGGAGGAGAAGCCCUUGGUCCUGUGAAUGCUCCUUUCUCCAGUGUAGGGGAAUGGCAUGGUGUUGAGGUGCGAGUGGGUAGAUGGGAGGAAAAGCAUCCUCAUGGAAGCAGGGGGUGGAGUGUGGGAGAGUGGGUAACUGGGCAAGGGAAUAACAUUUGCAAUGUAAAUAUAUAAAAUAUCAAGUUAAAAAAUGUUACCACUGCUCUUAAUAACCCUAUAUAAGUUUGUAAAAUCCAUUUGCCAAAAUUCUUACUAAGUCUGUUGUGUGUUCACACAUGGACUAUGAUGGAUUAAUACCAUAUCUGGGAAUAUCUUCUCAAUAUUAGAAAAAACAUCUGAAUAUGGGAUUAUUUAUAUCCAUUUUUUGUUCAAGAAGAAUCUGAUGCCAAACAAAAUUUCCUCUUUUGAUGAGCAUGGAAAUUCUACUAAAAAUAAGCUAAUAAAAUAAAGGAUACACAUUCAUAUACAUAUCCAUGAAUAUGAAUAUCUGUGUAUAUAUGUAUACCUGAUGUAGGCCUCCUUCACAGGGCAUCUAGGCCUUAACAGUUCCCUCAGGCCUUCACAUUGUAUCUAGGCCUUCAUGUUUUACCUAGACCUUUAACAGCCAGCAGCUUUGCCCUCUGAGCCACCAGUCCACAGAGGAAUUCAUAGAGAAACCCUGUCUGAAAAACUAGGGGAGGGAGACAAACAGAUUAACAAAUUGAUCUCUCUCUCUCUCUCUCUCUCUCUCUCUCUCUCUCUCUCUCUCUCCCCCCCCCCUUGCGUGUGUUUGUGUGUUCAAACGAGGCGGCAAUGGCAGAUAAAUGUUUGCCCUUCCUCUGUAAUCCAGGCCGCCCCAUUACUGCCUUUCCUUUUUCUUAGUUUGUUUGGUUUAUUCCGAGUUAAUUGUAUCUGUUUCUUUAUUUUCCUCUUCAUUUCUUUAGUUGAGUCAGGGGUCUUUGCACAAAAGCCCUGGAAAUCAGUACCUGGAUCAGGUCUGCAGCCUGCUCACAGAGUUCUACCCACCUUCACCUCUCAAGUGAUGCAAUCAAAGAAAUGCAGCACCACACCUGGCUUCUUUUCACAUGUACAUUUACUUUAGUUCCAAUGUUCACUCAGGUCUGAGAGAGGGGGGAGGGAAGGAGGGAAGAGAGACAGAGAGUGACAGAGAAACUGUGAAAGAGAGGGAGAAUUGUAGGUUAUUGUUCCAUCUCUUCAAUUACUGUCUAUUGGUCGCCAUCUUGGCAACCAUGUCCCCAACCCUACCUUGGGUAAGAUCAAGAAUAAUGGCAGCAACCAUAAAAUUCCUGCUUAGUUGCACUGAACACUCCGGUCAUCACUACCUGUGGAGUAAGGGGGCUCCUCUGAUCUAGAGAGUAGUACCCUUGAAUGAAUGAGAAUCACAACAAGCAUUAUUUGUUUUGAAAUAUAAGACGUGGAAAGAACUAUAUGUGUGGAUUUACAGACAGACAGACAGGACAGGACAGGACAAGACAGGA